AUGCCUUCCAUGUUCAUUGCUGUCAAAAAAAUCAAGCCAGAACACCAGCUCAGGGCAAUCAGGGUGAGAGCAGUACGGGUAUACGAAGUGCCUGAGAAAAGGGGAGAGGGCCAGGCUAGUAAGAGCAUGGAAGUAUUGUUCCAUGAUGAAGAGGGAGACUACAUUCAUGCCAGCAUUAGGAAAAAAGACAUUGUAAAAUAUAGAGAAAUAAUACAAGAAGGGAAAGUUUUUGAAAUCAAAAAUUUCAUGGCUUCUACAAAUUACUAUGUCUACAAGAUUACAGAACAUGACUUCCUGAUCAAAUUCAACUAUAGAACACAAGUGAAGGAGAUACAUUCUAAUGGGUUUCCUUUCAAAAUGUUUUGCUUAAAGAGUUUCAUUGCUUUGAAAGAUCUUGCAGAUGUUAAUGACAAGGAACUGAUUGAUGUGAUUGGAAGGGUCAGUGUGAUCUAUAAUCUUGUGGACAAGAUUAUAGGUGGAAAGGCAACCAAACUCAUUGACUUUCAAAUUGAAGACAAUGC